AUGUCUGAGGUCGAGACCGUCUCGGCCUUUGUUGAGGGCGCCCCUCCCGGCGAGCUCGCAGAUGUCAUUGCAGACAUCAAGUCCCUCACCAUUGAUAAUCCCGACAUUGUUUCGAACCUCGCUCCCGCCUUUGAGAAGUACAACGAGGAGCAACUCAUCACUGUGAAGCUGCCCGGAAGCAGCCAGUCCGUCAUCAUCAGCGCGCACAACUCUCUCGGCCAGGGACAAUACUUUGACGUCGAGAGCAGCUCGAGCUUCACAUUCGACCACCCCACACAGAAAGCCAGCAAUGUGCAAUCCUACGUGCUCGAGGGCGCGCAAGCUGACCUAGUCAAGUCGACCUUGAAGAGUCUUGGCCCCUACGUCAAGGAGCACUUUGCCAACGCCGCUUACGGUGUCUACCCCAUCGAGGAGGACUCCAAGGUGGCCGUCGUUAUCGUUUCAAACAAGUACAGCCCCAACAACUUCUGGAACGGCCGGUGGCGCUCCAUCUACACCUUCGACCCGGCAUCGGGUGCCCUUGAGGGUUCCAUCAAGGUCGACGUCCAUUACUACGAGGACGGCAACGUACGCCUUCUCACCGACAGACCCUCGACGGCGUCCGUGUCCUCAGGCACCGGCGCCGGCAUCGUCAAGGAGAUCUCGGCGGCAGAGAAGAAGUACCAAGAUGAGUUGAACAGAGGGUUCACGAAUCUCAGCGAGGGUACGUUCAAGGGUUUGCGGAGACAGCUGCCGGUGACGAGACAGAAGAUUGAGUGGGACAAGGUAACCAGCUACCGGUUAGGCCAGGACAUUGGCGGUGGCAGCGGCUCGCGGCGGUGA